GUAGAUGUUAUUGGGCUAAUUGUCUCAUUUAGGCCACUUGAGACAACCAAUCCUAAUCCAUCUAAACAUUACAUGAAGAUGACUAUUAGCAACUUAGAGUCUGUACACCUCAAUGUCACUAUAUUUGGAAGUCAGGCACAUGAUAUGUCACAUUACCUGAAAAGUAACACCACGAUUACUUGUGUUGUUAUAGUGAUGCAGUUCGUGAAACUUAACAUUUGGAAUGGAAUUGGUCAAGCCCAAAGUCAUUUUGAUAUAACCAAAAUGUUCAUUAAUUCAGACAUUGUUGAAUUUAAUGAGUUUAAGAAAGAAUUGAAGGCUAAUAACAAAGGAGGUAUGUCUGAAAAAAGCAUUACUACACUCCCAAGCUACUCUACCUCUUAUAUAGAUGAUUUUAAAGGCGAUUUCCCUUUAAAAACUGUUUGUGAGAUCACAGAACCACUUAAGGAAAUGAAAUUUCUAUUAGUUGGUUCCUUCGUCAAUAUAAGACAGAAUCUACAUUGGUAUUACGAUGCGUGCUACAAAUGUGGAAGAAUGAUAAACAAUGUGCCCAAAACCAAUCUUUCCUAUACCGCCGCCGGCAAGAUGGAAGAUAGUGUUGUAAUUAAGUGUAAAAAUGCAGCUUGCAACGAUUCGAAUUUUCAUACUGUUAUAAAUGACAGUUUGGAACUAUAUCCAAAUCAUAUGAACGUCUUGAAAAACCGCAAAUUUGCAUUUCUUGUAGAUGUUACAUCCUACAAUGUUACCAACUAUAACAAUAUCUACACCGUUGUCAAACUUACAGAAGAUGAGUCUGUUGUUUUAGAAUUGGAAAGUAAACUAGAACUUAUGAGUGUUCAAUCAGUGUGCUUAAAUGAAGUACCCAUGGAAUCAGAUGAGGUCGUUCAAAAUGUUCAAAAGGAUGUCAUAUCACAAACGGAUGAGAAUUUUACUCCCUCAACAAUUGAUAAAUCAUCCGCAACAAGUCCAUUGAAAAUAUCAGGUGAUUUGAAGCGCAACCUCCAUGACAUUUAUGAUGUUGAUGGUGGAGAAGAUGAUGGUGAUGCAAAUUCUAUAAAAUCAAAUAUGGAAUCUUUUAGUAAAGAUACUCCAGUUUGGGUGCCAAAAGUGGAGAACUGA